AUGCCCAACUACGAGAAAGGACAAAAGGUCAACUACAGACCCGUCGGUGACAGCAUCACAGGCGCAGACUCCAAAACAAACAAAAGCGUCGGCAUAAUCCGCGAUAUCAGUACCAGCAACACAAACUUGACUGGCCGGUCUGUUUCUGCUUCGGAUGAUAUGCCUCGGUAUGAGAUUGAGAAUGUGAAUACUCAUAAGAGGUCGGCUAUUAAGGAGUGUAACAUUGACGGGCCGGCGGAGUAG